AUGCCCUGCCCCGACCCGCUCAUCUGGGACGUCCGCUACACAGUCAAGAGCCCCAGCAUGCAGACCCCAGAGUGGCAUCCCACGGCAUGGCACCGCACGCCGCUGCAGCGGCUCAAGUUCCUGCAGGCGGGAAAGCAGAAGACGGAUGCCAAAGGCGCUGCGGCCAAGGCGCUGAGCAGGGAGGUCGAUGAUUGGCUGUAUUUGAUCCGCGAGACGGACAAUGUUGGACGUAAGACCCUCUGGUAUACACAUUUACAUACGAAAAGGAGUAGUAGUAGUACUCAAUUUCUCAAUCGAAUGUUGAUCUCCCUUGUAGGCGCCGCAAAGGUACACUUCACCGACAAAGGCGGCUUCCGGGGCUUCAGACUGCAGGCUGUGAAGCGGGGUGGGCAGUGGGAAGCUACGGUUUGGCCGGGGCAUGAGGAAUUAGGGUGGCCGGAGGGCAAGGUUGCUCGGGCGAAGAAGCUAGAGACGUGUUUGAAGGAGUUGCAGGUGAUGAUUCGGGAUAAGUGGUGUGCCAGGGCUGGAAGCAGGGGCACUGUGGUUGCGAUGGACAAGCUGAUGGGGACCUAUGGAUAG